GGGCGCGGCCCUGUCGUGCUUCAUCUGCGGCGGCGGCAUCGCGCGCGGCAAGGAGCUGAAGCUGCCGGUGAGGCCGGCGGGCCCCGCGCAGCCCUUCUUCCCGUUCCUGCAGCAGCAGGAGCCGGCGCCCGGAGCGCGCGGGCUGAGCGCGGCCGAUGGCUGCGUGCUGGUGUGCGCCGUGUGCCGCUGCUUCCUGGCCGAGCAGUGGGCCGCCUUCGAGCGCGCGCGCACGCCCGUGGACAAGCGCGUGUACUGGCUCAAGAGGCCGCACCAGUGCGACGCGAGUGCGGGCGGCCGGCGCGGGGCCCGCGAGUGGAACACCGAGGACGCGCGCGACUCAGAGCUGUCGGAGCUGUCGGACGCCGACGCUCUGCCGGAGCCGGAGCCCGAGCCGGAGCCGGAGCCCGAGUCUGAGGAUGCGCACGACUCCAGCAAGUCAGGAGCCCGGCGCCGGCGCACGGGGCCAGGGGCGCACUGGGCUCCGGAACCACGAGCCAGUGUGCUGAGAGGCAUCCAAGAACCCUGGCCCGGUCCCGCUGCGCCCGACGGCACGGACGGCGCCGCCGCCAGCCGGGCCGCGGCGCCCCCAGAGCGCAGCAGCACCCCCGAGGGCAGCGACGUCGCCGGGAGCCUCGGGGACGAAGGUCUGGAGCGGCCUCCCCGGACGCCCGCGGACAGCCAGGCCCGCUGCUGCUACGUCUGUGGCUCGGCGCUGUCACCGGCCUCGCAGCAGCAGAUCCACGUGCAGAAGCAGGAGACUCCCGCCCAGGCGCCCUUCUUCCCCUUUUUGUGGCUGCACAGCCCCCCGCCCGGCGCCCAGCCCAUCACGGAGGCGGGCAGCACCCUCGUGUGUCCCUGCUGCUUCUCGUCCCUCACGCACCAGUGGCAGAGCUUCGAGCUGGCCAACGUGCCGGUCCUGCAGCGACUCUACGUGGUGCCCCUGAACAGCCACGCCCCCGGCAUGGCCUCCAAGGCCCGGAGACUCCCUAGGGAAGAGGUGCCCGCCCCCGCCGCGGGGCUGCUGCGGGAAGCCUGUUACCUCUGCGGGGAGGACUGUACGCGGGAUGCCCGUGCUGUGCCAUCCCGCCUCGUCAACGGCAACUCUGGGGGCUCCAUGCACUUCCCCUUCCUUAGCCUCCUGCCCUGCCCACCCAACGCUCGGCCCCCUAACAAGCGCUGCGAGGUUCGCAGCUGCCCUAAAUGUUUCAGUGUCCUGGAGGACGUCUGGGCCCUGUACCGGGCAUCGCACAACCGCGAGCUCAUCAGCUCGGUGCAAGGCUUCCUGGGCAGGUACCACCAAGCCUUCUCCGCCUCGGACCCUACCCUGAGCGAACUGCCCACUUCUGCGCAGGGAGGCCCGCCUGCCGUCUGCUACAUCUGCGGGGCUGAGCUGGGGCCGGGCAAGGAGUUCCAGCUUAGCAUGAACCCCGCCAGCCACCUGGGCGAGAAAGAACCCUUCUUUCCUUUCCUCACCGUCUAUCCACCCGCCCCACGGGCCAGACCCGCAGACUCCACGGGCCUGGUGGCAACCUGUGUGCUCUGCUAUCAUGACCUGCUGGGUCAGUGGUUGCAGCACGAAGCCAGAGCCGCUCACCAGCCCGUCAGCGCCUGGUCGAGGCAGUACCAAGUGGACACGUUCGUGUGCUUCUUCUGUCAGCAAGAGAAGAAACGGUGUCUGGGGUUGAAGUCAGUGAGAGUGGCCAGGCUACCCUUGUUCCUGUAUACCCUGAGAGCUAGCCACAGCCUGUUGGUGGAUGAUGGCCGGCAGCUGAUCAUUGGUGCCUGCGUGGAAUGCGGGACCCUGGUUUGUGCAGGCCAAGGAGUUGCCAGCCAGGGACCCAUGGGCUGGAGUUCCCCAGCAGCAGGAGUACCAAAGGUUACCUCAGCUCCUCUGGAGGCACCUGCAAUUGUCCAUGCUCCUGCACCAGAGCCCGAGCUACAGCCAGUGCCCCCCACAGACAGUCUAUCCAGGGGCACCAGGACCACCCAGGAGCCGCUGCCAGUGUCAAGCCAGCAGAGCAGCCGGGACAGCUGGGAUGGAGACGGAGUAGAUCUCACAGCCACAGGCAUGAGCCAUGAGCCCAAGUCCCCUUCCAUAGGGAUGCUUUCCACGGCGACCAGGACCACCGCCACCGUCAACCCCCUCACCCCCUCGCCACUCAAUGGCGCCCUGGUGCCCACCGGUAGCCCGGCCACCAGCAGUGCGCUGUCGGCCCAGGCCGCUCCAUCCUCCAGCUUUGCUGCCGCUCUGCGCAAGCUCGCCAAACAGGCAGAGGAGCCCAGAGGGUCUUCACUGAGCAGCGAGUCAUCUCCAGUGUCCUCUCCAGCCACCAACCAUAGCUCUCCAGCUAGCACGCCCAAGCGAGUGCCUAUGGGCCCCAUCAUCGUCCCCCCUGGGGGUCACAGUGUCCCCAGCACUCCCCCGGUGGUCACCAUUGCCCCCACCAAAACCGUCAAUGGAGUCUGGAGAAGCGAGAGCCGCCAGGACUCUGGCUCACGAGGCAGCAGCAGUGGUCGGGAGCGUCUACUAGUGGAGCCCCCUCUCGCCCAGGAAAAGGCAGCGGGCCCCGCCAUCCCCUCCCACCUGCUCAGCACCCCCUACCCCUUUGGCCUCUCCCCCGGCUCAGUUGUACAGGACUCCCGCUUCCAACCACUCAACCUCCAGCGUCCUGUGCACCAUGUGGUGCCCCCCAGCACAGUGACUGAGGACUACCUAAGAAGCUUCCGGCCGUACCACACUGCUGAGGACCUACGCAUGUCCUCCUUGCCUCCGCUUGGCCUGGACCCAGCCACGGCUGCAGCCUACUAUCACCCCAGCUAUCUGGCCCCACACCCGUUCCCCCACCCGGCCUUCAGGAUGGAUGACUCCUAUUGCCUGUCAGCCUUAAGGUCUCCAUUCUACCCCAUCCCAACCCCUGGCUCCUUGCCUCCACUACACCCGUCGGCGAUGCACCUGCACCUCUCUGGUGUACGUUACCCUCAUGAGCUCUCCCACUCGUCCCUGGCUGCACUACACUCGGAGCGGAUGUCCAGCCUCAGCGCAGAGAGGUUGCAAAUGGAUGAGGAGCUGCGACGGGAGAGAGAGCGGGAGCGGGAACGGGAACGGGAGGCCGACCGAGAACGGGAGAAAGAGCGAGAACGGGAGCAGCGGGAGAAGGAGAGGGAAAAGGAGCUGGAGCGCGAGCGGGAGAAGGAGCGGGAACGGGAGCUGGAGCGGCAGCGGGAGCAGCGGGCUAGGGAGAAGGAGCUGCUGGCUGCCAAGGCCUUAGAGCCCACCUUCCUGCCUGUGGCCGAGCUGCACGGACUCCGAGGUCAUACCACCGAGGAGCGGCCCAAGCCCUCGGAACAGCUGACUCCAACCCGAGCAGAGAAGCUGAAGGACGUGGGCCUGCAGGCACCCAAGCCCGUGCAGCACCCUCUGCACCCAGUGCCUGCCCCACACCACACUGUGCCCAGCCUCAUCUCCAGCCAUGGCAUCUUCUCUCUGCCUGGAAGCAGUGCUGCCACGGCCCUGCUGAUCCAGCGCACCAAUGAGGAAGAGAAGUGGCUGGCACGGCAGCGGCGCCUGCGGCAGGAGAAGGAAGACCGCCAGUCCCAGGUGUCUGAGUUCCGGCAGCAGGUCCUGGAGCAGCACCUGGACCUGGGGCGGCCCCUGGUGCCCACCGAGGCGGAGCACAGGCCUGAGAGCACCAGGCCAGGACCAAACCGGCAUGAGCAGGGCAGCCGUGAACCCCCACAGCACUUUGGUGGCCCACCACCCCUCAUCUCACCCAAGCCCCAGCACCACACCGUACCCACAGCCCUCUGGAACCCAGUGUCUCUGAUGGACAACGCCCUGGAGACGCGGCGGGCAGAAAGCCACUCUCUGCAUAGCCACCCGACUGCUUUUGAGCCCAGCCGCCAGGCUGCCGUGCCACUGGUGAAAGUGGAGCGAGUUUACUGCUCAGAGAAGGCAGAGGAGCCCCGGAAGCGUGAGGCCACACCACUGGACAAAUACCAGCCGCCACCCCCGCCGCGGGAGACAGGAAGUCUGGAGCCUCAGUCCUUUCCCCAUGGACCUGGGCCUUUCCUUGCUGAACUUGAGAAAUCAACACAGACUAUCUUGGGCCAGCAGCGGCCCUCACUCUCCCAGGCAACCCCCUUCGGGGAGGUCAGUGGGCCUCUGAAGCCAGGCUCACCGUACUGCCACCCCACGGCGAGGGGCCCUGACCCAGCGUACAUCUAUGAUGAGUUUCUUCAGCAGCGACGGAGGCUGGUCAGCAAACUGGACCUGGAGGAGCGCAGGCGGCGCGAGGCUCAGGAGAAAGGGUACUACUAUGACCUCGAUGACUCUUACGACGAGAGCGAUGAGGAAGAGGUCAGGGCACACCUCCGCUGUGUGGCUGAGCAGCCACCCCUCAAACUGGACACGUCCUCUGAGAAGCUAGAGUUCUUGCAACUUUUUGGCUUGACCACCCAACAGCAGAAGGAGGAGCUGGUGGCGCAGAAGCGCCGGAAGCGGAGGCGAAUGCUGAGGGAGAGAAGCCCAUCGCCACCUGCCGUUCAGUGCAAGCGACAGACGCCUUCCCCCAGACUGGCUCUGUCCACCCGCUAUAGCCCCGACGAGAUGAACAACAGCCCUAACUUUGAGGAGAAGAGGAAGUUCCUGACCUUCUUCAACCUGACACACAUCAGUGCAGAGAAGAGGAAAGACAAAGAGAGGCUUGUUGAAAUGCUCCGUGCCAUGAAGCAGAGAGCACUGUCGGCAGCAGUAGCAGACUCAGUGACAAACUCUUCGAGGGACAGUCCUACCAUCUCCCUGAGUGAACCAGCCACACAGCCAGCUCCUCUAGAGACGGAUCAGCCUACCGGGGUCCCUGCCUCUUUGUCAGAUGUCCCAAAGGCCGCGGAGACCGGGAGACUGGAACAGCUCCGGCCCCAAGAGCUCUUGAGAGUCCAGGAGCCAGCUCCUCCCAGCGGUGAGAAGGCCAGGCUGAGCGAGGCCCCUGGGGGCAAGAAGAGCCUGAGCAUGCUUCAUUACCUCCGGGGCGCUGCGCCCAAGGACAUUCCUGUGCCGUUGUCUCACAGCAUGAACGGGAAGAGCAAGCCCUGGGAGCCCUUCAUGGCAGAAGAGUUUGCACAUCAAUUCCACGAGUCCGUACUGCAGUCCACACAGAAAGCUCUGCAGAAGCAUAAAGGGAGCUCGGCUUUGCUGUCUGCAGAGCAGAACCACAAAGUCGACGCUUCAGUCCACUACAACAUUCCUGAGCUGCAGUCCUCCAGCAGGGUCCCCUUGCCCCAGCACAAUGGACAGCAGGAGCCCCCAACGGGGAGGAAGGGCCCUCCUAUGCAGGAGGCGGACCAGGACUCUGAGGAGGACAGCGAAGAUGACAGUGAGGAAGACAGCGAGGAAGCCCCCAGGCGCCAGUGGCAAGGGAUUGAGGCAAUCUUUGAAGCUUACCAGGAACACAUAGAAGAGCAAAACCUGGAGCGGCAGGUGCUACAGACACAGUGCCGGCGGCUGGAGGCACAAAACUACAGCCUCAGCCUGACUGCAGAACAGCUCUCUCACAGCAUGGCGGAGCUUCGGAGUCAGAAACAGAAGAUGGUCUCUGAGCGGGAGCGGCUCCAGGCGGAGCUGGACCACUUGCGGAAGUGCCUUGCCUUGCCCACCAUGCACUGGCCUAGGGGCUACUUUAAGGGAUAUCCGAGGUGACGGUUUCCCUUGCACUAGGCUGAACCUAUAGUAUAGAAAUAUUAUCUAUUUUAUUACCUUGAAUAUUUAAUAUUUUUCACUGGGAGGUUUGAAGCUUACAAAUUGAGAACGUGCCAUGCAUGAAGCGAAGGGUUCCAGGCUCCAGAGAGGAGAUCACCUCGACUCCAGUGUCACUGAGGCGCCCGUCUCAGCUAAGACUCAGUUUCUCUUUCUGAGGUCGGUGUUAUUUCCUCUUCCCCCCACGUCAUCCUUCUCCGACACUGACGCCCACCGUGCAUGUGGCUGAGGGAGAGAGCCAGCUGGUUGUUUCUGGUGUUGCUGUGCCACACAAGAGCCCAGCUUGCUGUUGCUGCGGCCCUGAGGUUAACCUCUUCCUCCCAGGAGUGGGACUAAUGGGCCGGGAAGGCUGGGUGUGUACAAGCAAAGGGCUCCCCAUCAGUCCCGUUGCCUUCCCGCGAGCAUCAUCAUCAAAGCUGCCAGUCCUGGGAGCACACAAGCUAGUCAAGGCUCUUAGGAAAAGAGGCAAACCCACACCCAAAAGUACCUUGUUUUCCUUGGGGAAGAUGCGUGGAGCUGUCCACAGAUAGCCUACCCACUGGAUUGCUACCGCCGUGUGUGGUGUUUUCAUACAAACGUACGUUUUGAGAGAAAAGUCAAAGGUGCUUCAGCCUUGUACUGUGUAUAUAUUAAAAAAAAAAAACAAAAGUUUUGUAUGUUUUUAUUACUUUAAUUAUUGUUAUAAAAAGCCUGCCAUUUUUAAUAUGUGGUUUGGGGAAUUUUGUUUGUUUUUCCUGUUUGGGGGUUUCCUUUGUUUUUCUGUUUUUGUUUUUCUGGAUUUUAAGAAAAGAAAACCUUGCUUUUAGUGUUUGUACUGCUGCUGGUCAGAAUGUUAAAAUGCUGAAGUUCUAGGAAAUAGGAGAGCUCACCUGUGCAGCAUCCCACACAGCAGGGCUGAGGGGGCGCCUAGGGCUGGCCUGCUGUCCAGGGCAUGAUGAUCAUGUGCAGCAGGGACUUGGCAAAGCUCUGGGGGAGCUGAGCUCCCGAGACAGACACAGCUCUGGCAGAAAGGUCAGCACUGAGGGGUCUCCUUCCCAGUCCCAACACCUCAGUCAGGGCUGACCAACUUGAAAGAGAACCUCUUCCUGCCAGAGCCUGUGACUGUCCUCCAUCAGGGAGGGGAGAGGAGGCUGAGCCUACCCUUAGCCACCAGCCUCAGUGGCUGUACAGAGCAGCUGGCUGACAUCUGUCCCCCAUCCCUGCUCCACCCCAACCCCUUGCUCCACCUGCCUGUCAAGAAUCUUCUCAUCAGCAGACUCAGACACAGAAGUGCCACCAGAACCAUCAGUGGCCAGCAGAGCGCCUUCCUCUGCCCACAGCCAGUCAGAGAUGGUCCAAAGGAGAGCAGAGGCACACCCUGGGCCAAAAGUACUGCCCAACUUCCCAGUUAAAUGCUGCUUGCGCUCAGUGCUUUUCCCAGGCUAAGUCCACCCCAUGGCUAGAAGCUUCUGCUUGGUAAUAACUGCUGGGAGAGGUAGAACCCAUACCUUAAGAUACGCACAGUCUCUUCCAUCAUCCCACAGGAGUUCCCUGGCUGAGUAUGCGAUCCACAGCAAGUGAUGCCCUCCCAGGUCAGCUGAGCUACUAACUAGCAAUGCCUGUGGCCUUUCCCAAUGCCCUUGCCUGCCCUGGAGCUCCUAGGGCCACCUCUAGUGUCUGGAGACUGAAUUAUUCCCAUGCUCAUUAAGUAAAUAAAGUGACAAUCAGAACCAGGUACAAGCCAGCAAAGUGGCCACAGCCCACAUACGGCAUUCUUCCUAUCCCACAGUCUUAGAGCCCAAAAAGACCACAGUGGCCCCCUCCCAGGUACCACACCAUCCCUGAAGAUCCCUCCAGCCUUUCUCUGCUACAGCUCUGCUCUAGGCUGGACUGUGAAAUCAGCAUGUAUGUGAAAAUCCCAGCCCUUGACUAUGUCUCCCACUCCACCUGCAAGUGAUAGCUGCCAUCUGUCCCAGUUGGGAUGCACCAAGCUUGUGACGGAUGACUGAUCAGAUCUUUUAAAAAUACUUGUCUCAUGUAAUUGAGACCUGCCACCAUCACAGAUGAGUGACCGUGAGAGGGCUGUCAACGCUUCGGUACAUGGUGAUCUUAAAAACACCCACCCGCACCAUCACACCAGACUGUACCGCUAGGGCAUCCAGAACAAGCCCCACCCUAACAGUGGGGGGUCCACAGCCAGGCUCACAGCACUGAGAGUCUCAACCAGCUAAGCUGAAUUGCAAACUAGAUGCCUCCCGCCCCUGCCCUCAGCUGCCCAGGCCCCAGCAUGGAGAUGGCCUGCACAGCAGGCUCAGCACCUCUAAGGUGUGCAUUAGCCACUUAUAGCAGCCGUCUGUACUCUUUCAAGUACGCAAGCUUUGACUUCACGACUUGCCGUAGCCUGUCCCCACUGUCUGAUCCAGUGCUUAACUUCAACCCUAGAGGCUGCCUUGACCUGAGGAGGCAUCUCACUGGUUCCGUACUUGUGUGUGCCCUACACCUCACUGCUGGGGCCUCUGACCCAGACCCAGGCAGGAGGGAGGAGGACGGGUGCCUCGGUCGCUCUGGGGGCAGUUUAGAUGCUGUGAAAUUAAACCCGUUCUAAGUGUACUUGUUUGAAUUAACUGUAUUGUAAUAUUAUUUGUUGAAUGUAGUAAUUAGGUAUUUAUGAAUAUAUUGCUGUAAUUUCUGACAUCCCAAAAAUAAAAUCUUCCUAAAU